UGAACAGGGAGCUUGAAGUAGCGAAGUUUAAAGUACUUGCAAUAGUUAGUUGUAGCGAUCGGCGAUAUUUGUGAAGAACUACUGGAAACACAGAUAUCACAGCACAGGUGUAAGGACCGUUUUGGAUCUUCUGAAGAGACUGCACCAAGGCUGACCUACCCGGCAUCAUGGUCAAGCGGGUGGCUGUCAUCGGGGGAGGUGCGGCGGGCCUGGUGGCCACGAAGACGUGUCUGGAGGAGGGUCUGGAACCCACGUGCUUUGAUCGGCGGGACUCGCUGGGCGGGCUGUGGGUGUUCGACGAGAAGGUGCAGGAGAACUUGUCCAACUGUAUGUGGACAACCACCAUGAACGCAAGCAAAGAGAUUAUGGCUUUCAGCGAUUUCCCAAUGCCUAAGAAAUUUCCCAAUUUCAUUCGCAGCAGCCAUGCCGAGGAAUACCUCCAGAGCUACGCGCUGAACUUUAACCUCGACAAGUUCACACGCUUGAGUACAGAGGUCGUGAUGAUCAAGAGAGCGGAGGAUUUUUUUACCUCCGGAAGGUGGACAGUGACAAGUAAGAAUUUGAAAAACGGAGAAACAAUGACCGAGGUGUUUGACGGUGUGAUGGUGUGCUCCGGCCAUCAUCUUGAAAAGCACAUCCCGAAACUACCAGGACUCGAUGAGUUCAAAGGUCAGAUUAUGCACUCCCACGACUAUCGCAAGCCGCUGACUUUAACAGGUAAACGGGUGCUCGUCGUGGGCCUCGGCAAUUCCGGCGGUGAUAUCGCUUCAGAAGUUGGACUUUCAACGGAGGUGAUGCUGAGCACGCGCCGCGGUGCCUGGGUCAUGGAGCGGAGGGGAAGCCGCGGUCUGCCUUGGGACAUUGAGAUGCUGACUCGCUUUGGUAGUCUGGUGGACAAGCUUCUUCCCUUGUCCUUAUCUCAGAAGCUUUUAGCCGCCAGUUUUAUGGCCAAACUUGACCACGACCUGUAUAGUCUCACAACUACAACAAUGCCAAAGGGGAUCUCUGGCUUCCUCAGUGAUGACCUGGUCAACCGUAUCCUGUGUGGAAGAGUACACAUCAGAGAUGACAUCAAGCGCUUCGCGGAGUCCAGCGUGGAGUUCGUUGACGGGACUGUAGAGGAUGUUGACGUUGUCAUCCUCGCGACUGGCUACCACAUCCGUUUCCCCUUCAUAGAGAAAGAGGUGGUGGACAUCGAGGACAACCUCAUGCCUCUCUACAAAAGAGUUUUUCUUCCGGACCUGGAACACCAAACUCUAUCCUUCAUCGGGUUUUUCAAUGUCAGCGGACCUCUUUGGCAAAUCUUUGAGCUGCAGAGCAGGAUGGCUGUCUACACGCUGACUGGUGCUAUUAAAUUACCAAGUCGCAGAAGGAUGAAAGAAGAUAUCCGAGAAAUGGAGAACAAACGAACCCAGAUUUGUCCAGACACUCUGAGACAUUCGGUGGAAGUGGCUUGGUUUCCUUUCAUGGAGGAACUUGCUGAGGUGAUUGGCUGCAAGCCAAAUGUUUGGAGACUUCUGCUGACAGACCCCAAACUGGGACUCAAAGUCCUUUUCGGACCAGCCGUCGGCGCCCAUUAUCGCCUGCACGGACCUGGACAGUGGCCAGGAGCCCGCCAGUCUAUUCUAACCGUCAUGGACAGAGUGUACUACCCGUUUAACACCCGGAAAGUGCCGUCGGGGCUGCCCCAAAGCAUCGAACUUUUGCGUCGGUUGUUGUACCCAUCGACAUUACAGAUCCUGGCUAUGUACCUUUUCAUCCUGGUGCUCAUUGUGUUAGUUUUUGUAGUGUAAGACCCACUUCAUAAGAUGACAGACUGGAAGCUGACAGACAGACAUUCAUUUUCUUUGCGAUUUGUUUAUAUCCAAAAGUAUUGCUUGAUCCAUAGCCAGGAAAUUUGGUUUUCUUACAAUUUCAAUUUACUGUUGAUGACUCCUUGUAACAAAAAGCAGUCUUUUCAUUUAUCUGGAUUCCAUAACAAAUUAUUUGAAUUUAUUAUUCUUUUUCUUUAGUUCCACAUUACUGGCGACAUGGAUUUUUGGAUAUCCACAUAUAGAUGAUUUUUGAAUAUAGCGCAUUUAGAGAGUGUGGAGAAUGCUCUUUGUGGUUACUUGCUUAAGAAAAGUAACAAUUCUCUUCAAAUUUUGAUGAUUGCCAAGUAUUAUCGUUAUUGACCAUUACUAAAAAACGUUGUCUUUAAUCAUCGUUAAUCUUUUGACUGAAUUUGUUGCUAAUUAAUGAGGAGUAGUUUGAAAGGAUGGACGCCUGUAACAAUUGGCUAUAUGAUGUGAUGAAGAAUGUCAAACAGUUUUAGAAUUAGAAUAUUUGCGUUAGUUUAUAAUUUUUUGCAUGACUAUGCGAAUAGACAACAAAAGCUGUAUAUUUCAAUAUAAAUCUGAUAUAAGGAACGGAACGUUAGAUCAACCCAAGGGAGAUCACUCCUACUUCAUCACGCUUCAUUCAUUCAACGAUUACCUCCCUGCUUCUUCGCUUGGAUUAUAAUCUAGAAACUUCACAGCGGAGGUCUCGAUGCAGGAUACUUUCAAAAGCCAAGUUCCCUAACCACGUACAAGACUCGUUUGCAUGCUUUAAGGACUCUAAAGAAACCUGGAUAUUAUCUCCCCUCUGUGUAUAAAAGCAGGACGAGUUUGUUUGCGUCUCAUAUCGCAUCUUGGUUGGCUAGCUUUACAUACGAGGUACGUUUGUGUUGCGCCAAGAUGGGGUCGUACUUUUAUUAGAAUUAAGUAUGCCAAAGAUAUUAAUAUUUAUUAAUGCAUUUGAAUAGCUUUAUUUUAUAUAUUUUUUUCAAUAACA